CUCAUAAUGGAAAACUAAGAUAUUCUGUCUUUUUCCAUACCUUACAACUCAAUCAAAACCACACUUCCAAGAUACGGUUGAUUGCCGUGGGAAAAUACUUCCCCCAAACGAAACAGGAAAGCCACCUGGCUCUGCUGCACCGCAGUCAUUCCAGCCCGUUCGGAGCACGACUUUUUGACGAUUGAUUGAUCAGUAAACAGCCUGAAUUAUUGGUAUUUGCUCCCUAAUGGGCGUCGCUGCACAUCAUUAACGCCUUCCUUUGCGGGAUUUUUUGGAGCGGGCGCUGUAGCUAUAAAUUAACCCCAAAUCAACGUCUCUGCGUUCAGUUAUGCGACGACGACUUGUAACGGCUCUUGUGAGCGCCACCCUGGUGACCUUCUUGGUCGCUGCCGAAGAUCCUCCGGAAUGGUGGAACAACGGGGUCACCCAAUCCCAGCUAGGGGCGAUUUUCAGCGCGAUCGACAACGUUGACAUCGUGGUGGGUGAGCGUGGCUUGGAUCAGCUUGAGUACCUCGUCCAGCGGGAUUUGCUGGGUCGGAAAAGUUUCCGCAUUUACGCGGAUGAGUUUCCUUCGACAACGGAGGGUUGCACCAGCGAUAAGCCGCUGCUCUCGGCGAAGGUUCAUCCUGGUUCGAGUGAUGAGGUGGAUACUUCCGAAACUAUGGACCGGGACUACGAGGAAGAGUUUGAGUUCAUUCAGUGGGAUCGUUCUUAUGAACGGUUCGUGAAGAUUUGGGACCAGAAUCAGCACGAUGGCUAUAUUGUAUUUGCGAAUUUGACCGUGUUUGAGGAUUUGAUGAUUUGUUUGAUGGAUCCUGCGGGAACGUACUUGGUUGUGUUGGAUUCCAAAGAAGAAUUCAAUCGACAUGAAGUGUACGCUUUGCUCCAGUCUGUCUGGCUUCACGGAGGCGUGUAUAGGCUGUUUGUGCUAUGGGGCACGCAAAUCUGGACGCUGGAUCCGUUUGCUCCAAACGGCACAUCAUUCGGUGUUCUGAAACUGCUAACCGGUAACGACGAUCUGCCAACUAUGCCACGCACGGACUUCAACGGUUAUCCGUUGAGAAUCGACAUGUUCAAGUCGGUUUACACGUCCAGCGACGUAAUCCUGCACCAACAGAACCAGACCUUUGUGGGGGCCGAUUUGGUGGUCAGCGAAGUAUUUGUGGAAUCGCUCAACUUUUCGGCUGUUCACAUUCCUCCGGAUAAGUACCAAUUUGGCUAUCGUCUACCCAACGGAUCGUUCAACGGAGUCAUAGGUCGGCUAUCGAGGCGCGAAAGUGACGUCGCAUUCGUUGGGUUCUUCAUCAAGGACUACUUCAGCCGGGACGUUGAGUUUACGACCGGCGUCUACACCGACGAACUGUGCUGUCUGGUUAAGAAGGCAAGUCGUGUCCCGGAGUACCUGCUGCCCAUCACCAUCUUCCCAGCCGAUCUCUGGGGGCUGCUCUUUCUCAUGGGACUUAUAUGUGCCGUCAUCUGGAUAGUCAUUCGUGCGGGAAUCCGGGCUCAGUCCAACUCGCGCGUGUACUGGUUACAGGAGCGCCGACUCGCAGUGCUGUUCAAUCUCUCCAACGAAACUCGAGACGCUCCCCUGUACCGCAAAAUGAUACAGAUCUGCGUCGAUACCUACAUCAUUCUGCUCAGCGCACCCUACCGGAGAUUCACACGUUCCGGAAUCGAACGCUUGAUGCUGUUCGGUACCAUGAUGGUCAGUCUGAUCUUCGUUUCGAUGUUCCAGUCCGGCCUUUCAUCCGUCUUCGUCAACCCGGUCUACUACAAGGACAUUAGCAACCUCGACGAGCUGGACCAAGCGCACUUUGCAAUCCCGGUCAAGUACAAAGGAUUCCUCGACGACGUAUUCCCAGACAACUACAGCAACCUCAUGCAAUCCCUCCGCAACAAAAUGAAAUACAUCGCCACCAACGACUCCGCCCUGGCGAUUGUCUCACGCCUCGGCAACAUCGCCACCGUAACUCGCAAAACCACCCUGUCCCUGGACAACGAAAUCUACCUCUCAACCAAGCAACUCUUCAUGAUCCCCGAGUGCCCUCGCCUGUACAACCUGGCGUACGUCGUGUCCCGCCAUUCGGUGCUGCUCGAGCGAAUCAACGAGAUGCUGCUGCUCAUGCUGAACGGCGGACUCAUCAAUCACUGGGUCAACCAGAUGAACUACAACGUGACGCUGCGCAACUUGGAACAGGUCAGGAACGUGCACGAGUCGAGCUACAAAAUUCUCACCAUCCUGGACAUGCAGUUCCCGUUCUAUCUGCUCGUGAUUGGGCUCGGGCUGAGCAUGGUAGCGUUUGUGCUGGAGCUGAUUUACUACAGAUUGCCGGCAAUGAAGACGCAGCCUGCGCCGAGACGGUCUAAUACAUUUGCUUUGGCACAGGAAAAGUUGGGCAAAUCAAAACGUUCAAAUAUUUGAGCCGUCUUCAUUGCCGUUCUACGCAUAAUUGUCCCAUGUAAUUUUUGGACGAUUCUUACUUUUUGUCAUUUUUAUGUUUAGUUUUACGUAUACAGUCAUGCCCCAUUUUUGCACGCCU